AUGUGGCUCCGGAACGUCACCGUUAGCAACUACCACAACGUUGCAGGUCGACGACGACCACGCUGCGCACUCUGUAUGACCCUCAAAGCCCUCUUCUACGCGUACAUUCUUGGAGGAAUCACAUUCUUGCCCCUACUCAUCGCUGCAUUCGUUUACUUCACCAUCUACACUUCCGUCCCUGUUGGCGACCCAGAUGGUGGCAAGAAAAUCAGAACAGAGCUUGCGGAGAAAGGCGCCCAUGAGGAGGAGGAAGACAAGACACCGGCGCUAGACGUUAACGAUGCCCCCAAGACCCGCAAAGCCUGGCUGACAAUGCGACGCACAUUUGAAGAGUCGACAGACGGGAGUUAUGUUACCCUUGUCCGCAGCUUCCUCGAUGCUCGCUCCAAAGACCCUAAACGUUCGCGGCCAAAAGAUAUGUGGUAUGUGGUCCUGAAGGGUUCAGUUUUGUAUUUGUAUGAGGACGAGAGCAUGUCGGAGUGCGAAGGGGCGAUUGAGCUCAGCGGCCAUGACGUGACGAUAUUUCCAGAGGGUCUCAUGGACGGGGAGCUCUUUGCGAAGCGGAACGCUAUCUGUCUCAAACCGAAAAUUCCACCAGAGAAAGGCAUGCCGAGUGUAACGAGGGAAAUGCAUUCAGAAGGCAUUGAUGUCGAGGCACGGGUUGCAGAGAGUGGUGCUGGGGCCAAGAAGGCGGAAAAGAUUCGAGAAGUGGCAGAAGAAGAGGCUAAACAACGCGACGCUGCACGAGAACAAGCUUUGAACCCAGCAACUCCGUGGUUUAUUUUCGUUCGCUCGAAUUUCGAAAUGGAGGAUUGGUAUAUGGCACUCAUCCACGCAUCGGACAACCCACCACAAACGCCAAUGCUUACACCUCUUCAAAAUAUAUUCCAACCGAGCGACAUGGCUUAUCUCGUCAAUACCCUUGACGAACAACCCGACGUCAUCCCUAUGCGCUGGCUCAACGCUCUUCUCGGACGCAUAUUCUUCAGCUUCUACCGCACUCAUAACCUCGAGGCUGAAAUCAUUCGUCGCAUUAUGAAGAAGCUCUCCAAAGUCAAACGCCCUGCUUUUUUGACGGAGAUCAACGUCACCGAAGUCUCCGUUGGCAACAAGGCACCCACGUUCAGCAAACCCAUGUUGAAGGAGCUUACGAAGGAGGGUGACGCUUCUAUGGAAGUACAUCUACAGUACAAGGGUGAAGUCCGCAUCACCGUGGAGGCGACCGCGACUAUUAGUCUUGGUUCGCGAUUCAAGUCUUACGAGGUCAAACUCGUUCUUGCGGCGGUUCUCAAGGAGAUCGAGGGAAACUUGCUCGUCAAGAUUAAACGGCCACCGAGCAACCGGAUCUGGUAUGCGUUUACGCAAGCACCAAGAAUGGUCUUCGAGGUCGAGCCCAUCGUGAGCGACCGGCAGAUUACGUGGAGCAUGAUCACGAGCACACUGGAGUCGAGUCUGAAAACCAUCAUUGCGGAAUCAGUCGUAUUGCCAAAUAUGGACGAUAUCUCUUUCUUCGAAAGCGCGGGCCACAGUCAUCGAGGCGGCAUAUGGCCAGAUGCGGCAAGGCGAGAAAAGGCGCCAGCAGAUGUUGCUCAAUCACAACCGCAAACCCAACCACCGCCACAACAAUUGCCCUCUGAAGAUGAUGCUGGCUCAGUCGUAUCAGCGCCUCCUGCUGCUGUUCCAACCUCGACAGUCGAAUCAGAACCACGUGCAACUCAAUCAGCCGUUGAUCUUCCCAUUUCUUCCUCCCCUCCGGAUGUUCCAGAGGUCUCUUGGUCUUCGACGUUUUCCACUGGAGACGGUCCCGAGUUGAAGAAGAAGCGUAGCUGGUUUUCAGCAGCACGCAGUGAAGGUGGUCGUAGUGAAGGUGGCCGAUCAUUCACUGAACAAGAUGUCUUUGCGGAUGAGGACGAAGCACCCAGAGGUCGUGCUGGUACUAUGGAUGCGGAAAAAACGACAAAUCAACGCUCUCGCUCAACUCCCCAUCCCUCUGAUGUAGCAGCUUCGACGAGCUCUGAAGGAAGCGACGACUCGCAUUUGCAACCUCCGUCUUCCCGUGGACAUGUCAAAUCAAACUCAGUAGAGGAGUACCCGGCUGGAGGAAGCGAACCUUCUACGUCUUUGCCCAGGAGCGCCACCGGUGGCAGUCCGACGACGCCAUCUUUCCUUUCCACAUUGCGAUCACGUGACAAGCAGGCGAUCAGUAAUACUGCGAAGGAAACGUUCCGGAAAUGGGGUGCCAACUGGGGUGGGCUAAUGAAGGAUAAGGACAAGGAUGGUAAUGGUGGAGAGGAGGUUCCUGACCACGGCUCUCUGAUCUCGCGGUUGCGGCCUGAGACAAAUAACAACGGAAAUAUGUCGCACAAGGCACGACAGAGUUAUGCGGAAGUAAGAGCUGCUGUUGCGGAGCGAAGGGGUCGGGAGAGGUCAGAUGGUAAUACGAGUCCUGGACCAGAAACGACGUCAACACCCAUACCAGUGCCUGAAAUACGGGAGCGGGCAGUGUCGAUGGUACCGGGGCGACCUGCAAAUGGGUUUACGUCUCUCAUUCCACGAUCCGCUACGUCAGCUGUUGACAAUACUCCCUCCACGCCAAUGCCAGAAUCACCCUCCCCGAUACAUGUUCAACCACAAGCAAAGUCGAUGGUAAUACCUGGAAUUCACGCCAAAAAUCGUGGAGCGGUUAUGUCGAUGGGCUAUAUUGCGCCCGACCCGCCGUCACCACCAGAUACGCGGAGUAAGAAUCCAACAAUCCAGAACAUGUAUCGGUUGUGGAAGAGUCCUUCAGCCGCAGCGGAAAUCCCACCGCCUGAGGCUUCUACUUCGAGUUCACCUCCGCCUGCGUUGAUUGAGGGCAGUAACACAUCCCCAUUGCCUCCUGUAGUUUCGCUUCCCGCGCCAGACUCCCCUUCGCCUCCUCCCCGACCAACACCAGCAUUGCCCCCGAGAAGCGGACGAACAGCAUCAUUGUCGCAUAUCGCCCGUCCAGAUCUCGCGCCACGCUUGUCUGAUAGCCAGCCACAAGCAUCGGCAUCUGAGGCCCUCCAGUCAAUAGCAAACAAGGACAACGACAAACGGGCUUCGUUGGAGGCGGCGUUUAGCUCUCCGCCGAAUUCAAGGAGGGGGACGCUGUCUUCUGCGAGUGCGGCUGCGCUGGUUAGUGCGUUGUCAGCAGCAACUGGUGAGGAGGAACCGGCCUGA